UUAACAUACCUCUCUUUUUAGAAGUCCCUCAAACCGGAAAUGAAGCUCAGCUCAGUUGCAAUUUCUUUUGGGUUCCUUACUGUGCUAAUAAGCUGUGUAUGGAGGCUGCUGAAUUGGGUGUGGUUGAGACCGAAGAGGUUAGAGAGAUGCCUUAGAGAGCAAGGCCUGGCUGGGAAUUCGUAUAGGCUAUUACAAGGGGACUCCAAAGAGAUGUCCAGGAUGAUGAAGGAAGCAUAUUCAAGACCCAUCAGCCUCUCCGAUGAUAUUGUUCAGCGUGUUCUGCCCUUCCAUUGUCAUUUCAUUAAGAAAUAUGGUAAAAAUUUCUUUACAUGGGUGGGUCCAAGUCCAAGGGUAAACAUUAUGGAGCCUGAGCUAAUGAGGGAUGUUUUGUUGAAGUCCAAUAUCUUUCAAAAGACACCCUCACACCCGUUGGUCAAGUUGCUGGUUUCUGGUCUAGUGGCCUUGGAAGGUGAACAAUGGGCCAAACGUAGAAAGAUCAUCAACCCAGCUUUCCAUCCAGAAAAGUUGAAGAAUAUGUUAUCGGCAUUUCAUUUGAGUUGUAGCGACAUGGUGAACAAAUGGAAGAAGCUUUCGGUGGAGGGAUCAUGUGAGUUGGAUGUUUGGCCCUAUCUUGAAAAUUUGACAGGGGAUGUGAUUUCUCGGACAGCAUUUGGCAGUAGCUACGAAGAAGGAAUAAGGAUAUUCCAACUCCAGAAAGAACAGACAUAUCUUGCAAUCAAGGUUGCAAUGUCAGUUUAUAUCCCAGGAUGGAGGUUUUUUCCCACAAAGACGAACAAGAGGAUGAAGCAAAUAAGCAAAGAAGUACAUGCAUUGUUGGGGGGCAUCAUCAACAAAAGGGAGAAGGCAAUGGAGGCUGGCGAAACUGCUAAUAGUGACUUAUUAGGUAUAUUAAUGGAAUCCAAUUUUAGAGAAAUUCAAGAACAUCAAAAUAACACGAAGAUUGGAAUGAGUGCCAAAGAUGUCAUUGAUGAAUGUAAGCUAUUCUAUCUUGCUGGCCAAGAGACAACCUCAGUUUUGCUUUUAUGGACAAUGGUCCUGCUAAGCCAACAUCCAGACUGGCAAGCUCGUGCAAGAGAAGAGGUUUUACAGGUUUUUGGGAAUAACAAACCUGAAAAUGAUGGCUUAAACCACCUAAAAAUUGUUACCAUGAUUUUUCAUGAGGUUCUUAGGUUAUAUCCACCAGUAACAGUGCUUACCAGAAUGGUUUCUAAGGACACUCAAGUGGGAGACAUGUAUUUUCCAGCCGGAGUGCAGGUCUCUUUGCCCACCAUCCUAGUUCACCAUGAUCAUGAAAUUUGGGGAGACGAUGCAAAGGAGUUUAAUCCAGAGAGGUUUGCUGAAGGAGUUUCAAAGGCAACAAAAAACCAAGUUUCAUUUUUACCAUUCGGUUGGGGUCCUCGGGUGUGCAUUGGACAAAAUUUUGCAAUGAUGGAGGCAAAAAUAGCUUUGGCAAUGAUCUUACAACGCUUCUCAUUUGAACUUUCGCCAUCCUAUGCUCAUGCUCCUUACAGUCUUAUAACUAUCCAACCCCAAUAUGGUGCACACCUGAUUCUACGUGGACUUUAGUAUUGAGACACAUAUUGAAGGAAAUUUGUGUUCGAUACUGCUAAUGUAUUAUAAUAGAUAUCAUUGUGUGGGGGUGAUUAUUAAUAUCUUCUUUGAUGUCAUAUUUGGUUUUAAGCUACAUUGUAAGAACAUGUAAAUCUUAAUGAUGAUUUUACAACGAGAUGUGAAUUUAUCUAUUUUUUCA